GUCCUUUUGCAGAUGCAAUAUGAAUGGCAACUACAAGAAUCCUGACGAUAUGCUGGAAUUAUCUUUGAUUUUUCUACGUAUGCAAGAGUCUGAACUAAGAAUGGAGGGAAAACGAACAGAAUCGAUUCACUGAACAUACAAAAAUAAAUAUAGUGCUUGGUAAUGUCAAAGGAUGGCAAAAAAUCUGGGAGAUAGCACAGUCGUGGCAACAGCUGCUAGUAUUAAAAUAGUUACACCGCAAAACAAGAGGGCUACAAUUAUAAUUUAUCCAACAGUGUCGCCAGAGUCUAUUGUGAUACCAAUCGUAUCGUGCAUCGUGGGUUUCCCUAUAUUGGCAUUGCUCAUCAUCUGCUGUCUUCGCCGAAGGGCUCGAAUGGCAAGGGAGAGAGCGAGAAGAAGGAACUGUGAUAAGGAACACGGCACUUUGUCACUAGUUCGAUUCAGUCCAAUUCAUAGAUUAGCCGGAACUCAUAAUGCUAGGCCCAUAACUUUAAAACCCGAUAGACAAAUGAGUCGGGGCUUUCCUUCGCAGGAACUAGAUACCGUGGUUGAAGAAAAGUCAGAUCCGGAGCAAACACAGAUAUUUCAGGUUGAGUUAAUGACGCCAGAUACAGAUACGAACGGAACCGACACAACGGGGAAAGAGAGCUAGCCGAAAAUCACCCGCCACACGGCGCUUAUACAUGGAGGACCUAGUGUAUCGGGCGAGAGACCACCAUUAUGGAGUUCGCUGACACAUAUGCAUGCACUCCAUGAGGCUUUACCUUUGAGUUGACCCGAA